AUGUCUUAUAAUUAUAAAUUAGGAGUAUCCACUAUUAAGCAAAUAAUAGGAGAUACAAUCAAGGCUUUAUGGGAUAUUUUGCAACCUAUCCAUAUGAUGGUACCUACAUUACAGAUGUUUGAGGAAGUAGCUCAAGGCUUAGAGGAGAUGUGGAACUUCCCAAACUGGGCCAUUGAUGGGAAGCUUUGUAAGACAAAUAAGCCUCCGCACACAGGAACACAGUUUUUCAAUUACAAGCAUGGAUUUUCAAUAAUCCUUCAAGCAUUGGUGGAUCAUAAUGGCAAAUUUAUGGUUAUAGAUGUUGGCAGUUAUGGAAGUCAAAGUGAUGGAGGAGUCUUUGCAAACUCACUUCUAUCAAAAAGAAUUGAAAAUGGUGAGCUUCCAAUUCCACCCCCUAAGCUUUUACCUAAUUCAAAUAUAGUGGUGCCUCAUGUUAUUUUAGGGGAUGGAGCAUAUCCUCUGAAAAGAUAUUUGAUGAAGCCAUAUAUUAAAAAUAAUAAUGAUGAUUCUAAAAUAUUUAACUACCGCCUAUCCCGGGCAAGAAGGAUAGUGGAGUGUAGUUUUGGGGUUUUAACCUCAAAGUGGAGAAUUUUAUUAAAAACAGGUAGAGGUUUCUCUACCUUUUUUUGA